AUGGCAGAAGCUUCAAAGGCAUUCCAGCUUCUUCUCUUCACUAUUCUAAUCUCUCUCCUGUUCACCUCCACUUUAUCUCGUGAUUUACCAGAUUCCACUACAGCAACAGUCCUUGAUGUCGCAUCUUCUCUUCAACGAGCCCAAAACAUCCUAUCCUUUGAUCCACAAACACAAAAACCCUUCACUCAAACAACAAUCACCGCAACAACCCCAUCUUUCUCCAACUCUUCACUCUCUUUCUCCCUCGAACUCCACUCCCGCGAAACCAUCCACAAAACCCACCACAAAGACUACAAAUCCUUAGUCCUCUCUCGACUCAACCGUGACACAGCCCGAGUCAACUCACUCACAGCCAGGCUCCAACUCGCCCUCGAUGGCAUCUCCAAAUCCGACCUCAAACCUGUAGAAACCGAGAUCCAACCCGAGGACUUAUCCACUCCAGUCACCUCAGGUACAAGCCAAGGAAGCGGUGAGUACUUCGCUCGAGUCGGUGUCGGUAACCCAGCCAAACAGUUUUCUAUGGUUUUGGACACAGGCAGUGACAUUAACUGGCUACAAUGUCAACCUUGUACGGACUGUUAUCAGCAAACAGAUCCAAUCUUCAAUCCUACGGCGUCGUCUACUUAUGCUCCUCUCACGUGUGAAUCUCAACAGUGUAGCUCUUUAGAAAUGUCGAGCUGUAGAAGUGGGCAAUGUCUUUACCAGGUGAAUUACGGAGACGGAUCGUUUACUUUCGGUGAUUUUGCGGCUGAAUCGGUGUCGUUUGGGAAUUCUGGGAGUGUUAGAAAUGUUGCCUUAGGCUGUGGUCAUGAUAAUGAAGGAUUGUUUGCUGGUGCUGCUGGUUUAUUAGGGCUUGGUGGCGGCCCACUUUCGUUAACAAAUCAGAUUAAAGCUUCGUCGUUUUCUUAUUGCUUAGUGAAUCGUGACUCCGCCGGGACGUCGACUUUGGACUUUAACUCGGUCCAACUCGGUGGUGAUUCGGUCACUGCUCCUUUGAUGAGGAACCGGAAGAUAGACACUUUUUACUACGUGGGUCUCAGUGGAAUGAGUGUCGGUGGGAAGAUGCUUUCGAUUCCUGAGUCAACUUUUCAAAUGGACGAAUCAGGGAAUGGUGGGAUAAUUGUUGAUUGCGGGACAGCCAUAACUCGAUUGCAGACCGAGGCUUAUAAUCCUCUGCGUGACGCGUUCGUGGAGAUGACUCAGAAUUUGGAACCCACUAGUGGCGUUGCAUUGUUUGACACGUGUUAUGAUAUGUCUGGACAGGCAAGUGUAAGGGUACCAACGGUAUCGUUUCACUUCACAGAUGGGAAGUCAUGGGAUUUGCCUGCCCCCAAUUAUUUGAUCCCUGUUGAUUCGGGGGGACUUACUGCCUUGCUUUUGCUCCAACGACGUCGUCUUUGUCUAUAA